UAAAACUACCUUUCAACAAUUACAAAAAUUUUAUAUAUUUUAAAAUGUUAAAAAGUCCGAGUGAUGAACAACAACCAGAGGGGUUUGGACAAAGUUCUGGAGCAACCGGUGGUAGGCCCCUUCAUCCAUAUUGGUACGGAUAUACAAAAAUAAGUGAACGAGGAAAAGCUAUUGCCCAGUGCAAUAGGUGCAAGCAAUUAAUCCGCAACACGGCUAUUAACAGAAUGCAGUCACAUCGGAAAAAAUGCAAUGUUGAACAGAUUGACGAGGACAACGGAAGUGAUUUACUUGAAGCGGGUAUAUCCCAAAAAAAUUUGUCAUGUACACAGACAUCAAAUACUCAAACUACUAUUAAGGAUUUUUUUCGUAAAAUCGACAAGAAAGACAAAGCUCAACUCGACAUUCGUACUGCCAGAUUUUUUUUUCGCUUGUAACAUUCCUUUUGUUGCAGCAGGUAAUCAAUUCUUCAAAGAUUUUUGCAAAGGAAUGCAACCAUCGUACAAACCACCAAGCAGAAAAAGGAUAGCUGGACCACUAUUGGAUGCAGUGCAUAAGGAGCAAAUCGAUUUGAAUGCGAAAUUUUUAAAAGAAGGUACAUAUUCCGUACUUCUUAUUGACGGAUGGAAAAAUUCAGCAUUAAACACAAAAAAUGUC